AUGUUGUUAUUUGAAUCGGAAAAGAAGCAGUCUAAGCAGAAAGUGGGUCUCCGAUAUACGGAAUUCCAAGCCGUCGUACUAGCUGGAUAUGGCCACAGACUGUACCCACUUACCGAAGACAAGAAUGUUCCCAAGGCACUCCUUCCUGUCGCAAAUAAACCAAUUCUAUUCUACGUUCUUGAUUGGCUGGAAAAAGCAGGAAUCUACGAUGUAAUGGUUGUCACCCAUCCGGAUGCAGAACAUAAAAUUGGGACUUAUCUAAAGAAUGCUUAUGACGGAAAGAUAAAGCCGAGCUUAGAAGUCAGCAAAGAGGAUGAUGCUGGAACUGCCGAUGCUUUGCGAGUCGUCAAGGAUAAGAUCAAGUACGAUUUCGUCGUAAUCAGCUGUGAUCUAGUACUCGAUCUUCCACCUCACAGUCUAUUAGAUUACCAUCGCAUACAUAAUCCCACAUGUACCGUACUUUUCUACGAGUCAAGUAAAUCUGAAGGCAGUGGCAGCAGUUCUGCAGGAUACAAAGAGGAUGGUAAUAAAGUUAUGCAAGAACUUGAUAAUUUCUUUGCGGAAAGUGUGAAGGAAAUAGUCGGGGUAGACAUGAUGAGUUCGCGUCUCGUGUACAUUGCACAGAGUGCCGACCUAGAUGAUGAAUUGUCAUUUCUCGUGGCUGGGACAGAAGACUAUUUAAAAUCCGCGCUUCCCUAUUCAUCCGCGUGGGCGGGCGAUAAUGACUGUUAUGUAGACUGCCAAUUGUACGUUUACAAGGGGGAUUUCUGCUGUCGAAGUAACACCAUUUCGAGAUAUUAUGAAGUGAAUCGACAUAUGGCAAAAUCGGUUACGGAUACUCGAGUCGCUACAACUGCUGUUGUAAACCAAAAGACACAGGUCGGUGCUGACUCGCUUAUCGGUGAGGAAACAAAAAUCGACGAACGUACGUCGAUCAAACGAUCUAUCGUAGGAUCCCACUGCAUUAUAGGCAAAAACGUGAAAAUUACUAAUUCUAUCAUCAUGGAUAAUGUUGUCAUAGAGGACAACGUGAAGUUGGACGUAUGCAUUGUGUGUAAUAAUGCUAGAAUCAUGGAAAAGUCAAUAUUGAAAGAUUGCGAGGUUGGAGCCGGAUAUGUCGUACAAGCGGAAACACAAACGAAAAAUGAGCAGCUAGUAGAAUUUCGCGACCUAUGA